AAAAAAAAAAUAAAAAAAAAAAUUUUCCAAAUAGCGGGGAGGAGAAAAACGGAAGCUAAUUGCAGAGGAAAUGAAAUGAUUGCAGAAAAAUAUGCGGGGCGAUGAGGCCAGGCUCGUGCUGGGGUUCCCUCCCAAUUAUCGACCGACUCCUGCUCAGGUAAAAGCAGCUUACAAAAGAAAGGUAUGGGAAUCUCAUCCUGACCUGUUUCCUUCUCAUCAGAAGCCUCAUGCAGAGUCUAAUUUCAAGCUGAUUUCAGAAGCUUACACUUGCCUGUUGUCAGUUUCUUGGAGUUGCAACAAGUGCAACUGAGUCAAACUUGUUAUGUUUUGGACGUGAGCAUACCUGAAGCACCUCAGUCAAGUUCACAGCAAAAGGCAUAACUCUCAGUCACACAAGAGAUGGAAUGACCUUAUGUACGUUAGCUUUAGCUUGCAACUUAUAGACAGCAAACUGGGAAGAAAACCGGAUGACUGGAUUUCCUUUGACAGUUUCAUGAUGGAAAGUGUACUUGAUGACUGCGUUGUGGAAAUAGAGAAGCAAGCUUGGUGGAAGAUGAGUUACUUCUCGGUCACUGUAUACUUUUGCAACAGAUUCACCUCUCUCUCUCUCUCUCUCUCUCUCUCUCCCCGUCUCUCUUGCAUGUUGCCUCGUAUUCAUUAGAUUGAUGAGAACUUCAAGUGAAACUUUAAAAAUUUUGUUCCUGGUUUAGUUGAACCAUUGGAGAUGCUCUUGAUCUUGAUGGUGGCAAUUUGACAGACUAGUUGGUGUCUAUAUGACUCAUCAACAUGGUGUAAGCGGUGAAGUAUACAUAAUGGAAAUUUGGAGUGCUUUCUCAUUUUUAUAUGUAGCUUUUCUUUAGGUAACUGUAGUUUAAUGCCUUGCCGCCAAAAAAGAUAAUGCGUAGUUCAAUGCCUAUCUGCUGCCACAUAACAGUCCUAUCUACCCCUUACCUGUUUGAAGUAUACUGAAUAGUUUACUUGAGUCUUACACUUGACAAUUCAGUGGCUUUUUGGACUUGAAUAAUUUGAAUAAUGUAUUUAUUAUGUUUUCUUACAGAA